AGGGAUGGGUGUUUUUCCACGGAGCUGAGAUAGAGAGAGAGCCGCGGAGACAGGGAGAUGUGACGGUUCCAGGAGUCGCGGUGGAAUGAGUCGGAAAACAAGGUUUCUCGGCAUCCCUCCAUCUCCCCAGCUUAUUCCGCACCUCUCUCCAAGGUCAUCAAUGCACAAGUGACUCAAUGUGGGAGACCAAACGCAGAUCGCGCCGUGCAGAGUGCAGAGAGCCCCUGUGACACACCCUGGAAAUCACUCCGGGAAGUGAGGGAUGAGAGAAAGAGGAGGGGGGGAAACGGAGUGAAAGAAUGAAGCAAUAGGAGAGAAAGUCAGAUGAAUAAAUGAGGAGAGAUAGGGCUGUAUGAGUGAGGGGGGAGGACUAAAAAGGAGAGAGGGAGCGAGAGAAGGUGGGGAGGAAGGAGGAGGAGGAAGGGGGUGAGGAGGGGAAGUGACCACCGACUCCAGGAUUCUCUGAUUGAACUGCUCCACACAUAAAGACAAGUUAAACACAGCCAUGAGGAAAUCAUAUCAAAACGCCAUAAAUAGGAUUUCGAGCCAAGUGGAUUCGUGGAUUUCUUCUCAAACUGAGGUCUCGAUUUCGGAAUACCACACCAGGAUUGGGCGAGUAAUUCGGGAUUUUCCAGGUUUUCUUCAUCUAUAGAAGCCUAAGAGGAUAUUGUGGGAUUGGAAUUUCUUCAACUCUCUGGUUUUUCUGACACUGACCUACAUCCGCCUCCUUUUGAUGUGUGUGGGGGGCGUGUGUGUGUGUGAAGGGGAGUAGGACAGGUUCAACACAAACACACUAUCACCCCCCCUCUCCCUCAUCCAUCCCCGACUAUCCCCAAAACACGAGGAGAAACACCUGGGGCGAGAUCUGUGCUAAACAAACACAAACACACACACACACACACACACACACCUGGAUAACAUGUGGAGCUGAUUCGGAUUAUAGAGCCGCACAGACGGAAAAGGUCUGUGGAUCGCCAGGCGUUCUACCAUGCCUGUCCCCCCACCCCUCAAUCCCAGCAGACAAAAACACCUGCCCCACACACACCUCCACCCAGAACAAAGGGCAGAACGCUCCACCUCCCCCUCCCUCUUCCCCGCAUCCAUCCUCUCUCUUUCUCUUCUGCCCCCUGUCCUCAUCUCAUCUCUGCCCUCCUCAUCCCACCUCGUCCACUGCGCGUGCCCCAGGGCCACAAAAAGAACCCUUCCCGACUCUGUCACUCUUCCGGCGUUUCACUGGCUGACUCUGGUCACAUGCUGCCUGCUGCCGUCUCUGAUUGGAGCAGGGGAGACGUGGGGCGUGGUCUCGGCCUGUCCCUUCCACUGCGUGUGUCGAAACCUUUCGGAGUCACUCAGCACGCUCUGCGCCGACAAGGGCCUCCUGUUUGUCCCCCCGCACGUUGACCGGCGCACCGUGGAGCUGCGACUGGCUGACAACUUCAUCACGGAAGUGGGCGGGAUUGACUUUGUCAACAUGACUGGACUAGUUGAUCUGACUCUGUCGAGGAAUACCAUCCACCUGAUCCGACCAAUGGCCUUUGCUGACCUGGAGAGUUUGCGCUCGCUGCAUCUGGAUGGGAAUCGUUUGACAACACUUGGACCAAGGGACCUCGCAGGUUUGGUCAAUCUGCAACACCUUAUCGUCAACAACAACCAGCUGGUCAAAGUCUCUGUCCAAGCCUUUGAUGACUUCCUGCUCACACUGGAAGACCUGGACAUGUCCUACAAUAACCUCAGGAGGGUACCAUGGGAGUCCAUUCAGAACAUGGCCAGUCUGCACACUCUCAACCUGGACCAUAACCUGAUAGACCACAUAGCAGAAGGAGUUUUUGGAGAGCUCUACAAGCUAGCGAGGCUGGAUAUGACCUCCAACAGGCUCCGCACCCUGCCUCCUGAUCCUCUGUUUGCAAGGUCCCAGACAGGUGCAAUAAGUCCCACACCCUACAAUGCUGUCAUAAGCUUAAAUUUUGGUGGGAAUCCUCUGCACUGCAAUUGCGAACUGCUAUGGUUACGGCGGCUUAUCCGAGGGGACGACAUGGAGACGUGUGCCACACCUCCUCACUUAGCCGGAAGAUAUUUCUGGUCGAUUCCUGAGGAGGAGUUCACUUGUGAACCGCCUCUCAUCACCCGGCACACUCACAAGCUGUGGGUGCUGGAGGGCCAACGAGCAACACUAAAAUGCCGCGCCAUUGGCGACCCUGAGCCUGUAGUCCACUGGGUUUCACCAGAUGACCGCAUCAUUGCCAAUUCAUCCCGGACCAGCUCCUUCAGCAAUGGGACCUUGGAUAUCUUAGUAACGGUUGCCCGUGAUGACGGGGCGUACACAUGUAUCGCAAUAAACGCAGCGGGUGAGGCCACUGCCACUGUGGACCUGAAAAUAAUCCCCCUACCACACCGAGGAGGAGCAGGUGGAAACACAGGGAGUAACAAUGGGAACACCAAAAACAACAGGAACGUGACCAAUGGGAUUUUACGGACCGAUCCGGGCUCCUCGGAUAUCAGCACGGGGAAAAAUGGAGGGAUUAAUGGUGCAGGACGUGUAGGAGAGGUGGAGGAUGGGAGAGGAGUUGAGGACGAUGAGGGCGACAGUAGCAGGGCCUCAGAGGGGGAGAGGGUCGAUGGAGGUAGCAUGGAGGAUGACGAGGGGGACGAAGAGGAAGGGAGGAUGGUUGGAGUACAAGGAGUUACCUCAACCUCGGCUCAGGUGCGAUGGGAUUUGGGGCGUUUGUCUGCGGCUUACGUUGUCUGGAUGUAUCAGAUACAAUACAACUGCACCGCUGACGAGACCCUCAUCUACAGAAUUCUACCAUCGACCAGCGACCGUUUCCUGCUGAAGAACUUGGUCUCCGGUGUGGACUAUAAUCUGUGUGUGCUGGCCAUCUUCGACGACACAAUCACAUCAUUAGCGGCGACUAAAGUCCUGGGCUGCGCCACGUUCUCCACCAAGGAUGUUUACCCAGCAUGCCGCUCUCUCCAAGCCCAUUUCCUGGGCGGGACGCUCACCAUUUUAGUUGGGGGUGUUGUCGUUGUCACCCUGCUGGUGUUCACGGUGGCACUCAUGGUUCGCCACCGUGUUUGCAAUCACGGUGACCACAUGAUUUGUCACAACGGCAACACUGAGGCAGGAGGCGGGGCCUGCUGUCAGGGUGGAGGUGUAGGGGGCGGGGAUAAGGGGGGAAAUAGUGGCGGGUGCUACCAAUCAAAUGGUUCGGGGGACAUGAUGAUGGUGGUCCUGCCCAAUGGGCUGCCAUCCAAGAGAGGAGAGAAGGACAAGGAGAAGGACAAAGAUAAGGAGAAGGAGAAGGAGGAGGCAGAUUCUGCUUCCGCUCUGCCUCCAAAACUCCCUCCAAAGCCCAGGCCCAAGCCGAAAGUCAACCUGGAGCAGUUUCUUUCAGCUGGGGGGGUUGUUUCCACAACGACAGGGGCAGGAGGUGAGAUGGCAUUGGUGGUGAGGCAAAGAAAGCUGGAGAAGGCGCCACCAUACACCCCUGAAAGUGACAGAACUCCCCUCUACUACUCCCCUUCCCCUUCAUCCACCCUGCCCCGUCAGUCACACUCCAGGGACCGCCCGAAACCCCGUCUGGAGCGAGAACUGACCAAUCGUGCCAGUUUCUCUCUGGCUGCACCCCUGAGAGACUCAGACUUGUUGGACUGGAGGAUCAGUCCCAGAGGCAGGGACAAGUGGAACUCCUCACAGGCUUAUCAGAGUCCUCUAUCCCCCCUAAGCCCUGCUUGCGGGACGGUUAGCAAACGGCGGCACUCGCUGGAUAUGGGCUCCUCUGUCGCCCUAGCGACUGAUGCUGCUGCGACUGUUGCCAAGCGCUAUGGUGCUGUGAACUACGCCAAGAGGCUGAGCGUGAUCUGGACAAGGCGCAGCCAGUCUCUCCAUGGAAUGCUGGUGCAGUGCGCCUCGACCACAAGCACAACGUCUUCGACAACGAGUGACGAGGCAGAGAGUGGCGGCGGCUUUGGGGCGCGUUGUGAGUUCCAACGGGGAUAUAUCCACGCGUAUAACACCACCAACUCCAACUCUAACACUGGGAUCACUACAGGGAAAGCGGGCGGUGUAAAAGACAGGGGGAGGCAAACAUCGAAGGAUGGAAAAAGUGCUGAAGAACUGGAGGAAAGCGUUGUAUAGGAUGGAACUUAAUAAAAAAAAGAGUGAGGGGGACAAAGGGUCUGUGAGACUGUUUAAAUGGGAUCUUAAUUUGAACGGGGCAAAGAGGUGGAGUCAGGGGAGAAACGGAGAGCACAACAGGGAAGAUGAAGUGAUUGCAGAUGAGGAGGGAAAGUUUUUAAGUUUAGAGGAAGGGGCAAGAGUAAAAUUGACUUGAGUCUCACUUGUGCAAAGAAGGGUAUCUGGAAGUCAAGUGAAAAUUUUUAAGAGACUCUCCAUAGCUGAUCUGAAGAGUGAUGGGCAGAAAAAUAAGUGGGGAGAGUGGGAAACAUAUGACUUGUUCUUAAAAUGGUCUUUAAAUACUCAAAUCAGAGCUUAAUCUGCAUCAGUAAAAAGUAAAAGACGGAACAAAACAACACAGCUUCAUUAAGACAGUGACAGCUGUAAGAACAGACAACAUGAGUGAUAUAUAUAAGCGCAGAGGGAGAGACAUUAUCAAACAGGGGAACACAUCAAUAGAGCAACAGAGCAAAGGUUACAUAGCGGAGAUGGGGAUGGCGUGAGCUCAGCGUGGAUCUCAGUAAAGCCUUUACACUAAUAGAACCAGACUCUUGCUAACACUUCAACUCUCCAGGGCCUCAGCCCCCACACCACCACCAGGGUUUACACUGGAUCAAAAACAACAACACGACCGGUAAUACUGGAGAAACACUCCUCUCGGACAAAAACACAAUAGAAAAAAACAGCAACAAAAAAAAAAAGAUUUGGAUGGCAUUGUCCUGCUUUGUUAUCUUGUUUUUGACUCCAACACUGAUGGCCAUUUUGAGACUCCUUUUCCAAAACACAAUGAAUGUGACUUUUAUGUGUCCUCUGUGGCUGGACAAUGAUUUUGGCUUGCUGUUCCUGCGGAUUAUGGGAGCAUAAAUACAGAGCCGGGUGCAUUGGACAUGAUCAAUCGAUACUGGCUGGAAAGAGCGAGUGCAGCACAGACAUUAUUAAAAGAAAGACAUUGGGAUUACAAUGGAGUCGAUAUGGAUUACAAAAUGGAGGAGACAGGGGUGCAUGCUGGAACAUGUGUGCAUUCCUGAAAGAUGGGAUCAUAUUGGAUGUCUGGAUGAUAAUGGACCAAACGAAUGAAUAAUGCUAAUGGAUGCAUAAGUGUGCAUGCAUUGACGGAUCAGGGACAGGAUGUGUGUCUGUGUGUUGUUAGUGUGCGCACAUGUAUAUGAAUGUUUGUGACGGGCAAUCCAGUCAACCAGACUCCAUUUGUGUUUAAUAAGGUUUAGCGCUUUCUGGACAUGCUGUAAAUGUAAAAAUUUAAGAUUAGCUGCGGUCCACCCAAAGUGAAGUAAAAGCGAAUGAAUCACUAUUUCCAGCAAUGUAGCAUGGUCAGAAAGCAGCGAGUGUUAAAGGGGGAAUUUCAAAUUCAUUUUUUGUGACUUCAGACUCCUUUGUGCCACAUGGAUUCACUUUAAAUCCAAACAGUGAAUGUUCUCAGAAAGGAAGCAGAUUUAAAAA